AUGAAAUUUACCAGCUGGCCCGAGCCACCAAUUCAAAAGAGUUACAAUCCACCAGAGAUUCCAACAAAACUCAGAUGUUUUGGACUAGGCUACACAGUCAACAAUGGAAACCCAAAACUUGAUAUUCCCCGCAAGGCUCUUGAUAAGGAUAAAAUGAAGGAGUGUAUUGAGAACUCCUUUAAACUCUUUUUGAAAGCUUUAAAAACACUUGAUGGGUCAAUUUUAAACGAGAUCAGAGACAUACAUACGCAUAUUAAUGAAGAGAUAAACAAAGCAAUUGCAUUUGAAGAUGAGGGCGGCAUUAAAGAAGCAAAAAAUAGGAAAGUAUCUAUGAAAAACGAGAUUCUAGACAGAAUUCAAAGAAUAAUCAAUUGA